AUGAAGCGGCAGAACGUGCGCACGCUGGCGCUCAUCGUGUGCACCUUCACCUACCUGCUGGUGGGCGCCGCGGUCUUCGACGCGCUCGAGUCGGAGCCCGAGAUGAUCGAGCGGCAGCGGCUGGAGCUGCGGCAGCAGGAGCUGCGGGCGCGCUACAACCUCAGCCAGGGCGGCUACGAGGAGCUCGAGCGCGUCGUGCUGCGCCUCAAGCCGCACAAGGCCGGCGUGCAGUGGCGCUUCGCCGGCUCCUUCUACUUCGCCAUCACCGUCAUCACCACCAUCGGCUACGGCCACGCGGCACCCAGCACGGAUGGCGGCAAGGUGUUCUGCAUGUUCUACGCGCUGCUGGGCAUCCCGCUCACGCUCGUCAUGUUCCAGAGCCUGGGCGAGCGCAUCAACACCUUCGUGAAGUACCUGCUGCACCGCGCCAAGAGGGGUUUGGGCAUGCGGCGCGCCGACGUGUCCAUGGCCAACAUGGUGCUCAUCGGCUUCUUCUCGUGCAUCAGCACGCUGUGCAUCGGCGCCGCCGCCUUCUCCUACUACGAGCACUGGACCUUCUUCCAGGCCUACUACUACUGCUUCAUCACGCUCACCACCAUCGGCUUCGGCGACUACGUGGCGCUGCAGAAGGACCAGGCGCUGCAGACGCAGCCGCAGUACGUGGCCUUCAGCUUCGUGUACAUCCUCACGGGCCUCACGGUCAUCGGCGCCUUCCUCAACCUCGUGGUGCUGCGCUUCAUGACCAUGAACGCCGAGGACGAGAAGCGCGACGCCGAGCACCGCGCGCUGCUCACGCGCAACGGGCAGGCGGGCGGGGGCGACGGGGGCGGCGCGGGCGGCGGCGCGGGCGGCAGCGCGCACACCACGGACACUGGCUCGUCCACGGCGGCGGCGGGCGGCGGCGGCGGCUUCCGCAACGUCUACGCCGAGGUGCUGCACUUCCAGUCCAUGUGCUCGUGCCUCUGGUACAAGAGCCGCGAGAAGCUGCAGUACUCCAUCCCCAUGAUCAUCCCGCGGGACCUCUCCACGUCCGACACGUGCGUCGAGCAGAGCCACUCGUCGCCGGGAGGGGGCGGCCGCUACAGCGACACGCCCUCGCACCGCUGCCUGUGCAGUGGCGCGCAGCGCUCCGCCAUCAGCUCCGUGUCCACGGGCCUGCACAGUCUGUCCACCUUCCGCGGCCUCAUGAAGCGCAGGAGCUCCGUGUGA